AUGAGUAAUACAAAAAUUUCUGAUGUGUCUCCAGGCGAUCUAUCACAAACUCUUGGGGUUAUUAAUGUCGACGCAUGGAAUUCAACUGAUUCAAAUAUAUUAUCUUAUCUCAAAUCACCUAUGCAACAAUCAGCAUUUUCCACUAACUCAAAUAUCAUUGGUAAAACAUUACGUAAUGCAAUCAUCAAUUUUCUUGAUACUUUUGAUAUUGAUCAUACAAAUAUGACAAAAGAUAAUGUAUUUCGUUCAACACGCACAAAACAAUAUGAAGUGUUAGAACAACCGAGUAACAAAACAACAACCAUUGAAAUCACAAAUUUAGCUCCAGUAGCAUUUGAAAACUUACGUGAAAGUAUUCAAAUUUCACGGCAAAAUUUUCGUGCAUCAUUUGCCGAUGGUGAUUUAAUUAAUUUUGUUAAUACGGGAAAAUCUGGAAGUCAAAUGUAUAAAACAUUUGAUGCUGUCUAUGUGUUGAAAACUCUGCGUAAUCAUGAAGCCAAAUAUUUAAUCCAAAUACUGAAUGAACUUCAUUUACGUUAUAGUCAAAUUCCAACACUUAUGACGAGAUAUGUCGGCUGCUAUAGUAUUCGAAUUGGUACACUGUUUACAACAGAGAUAUAUAUCGUUGUUAUGGUAAAUAAUUUACCAACUGUGAAUGAUGUACAUGAAAUAUAUGAUUUGAAAGGGUCAACUGUCGGAAGAUUAUCCACCGUUGCUUUGCCGGAAAAGAGAUUAAAAGCAUUAAAAGAUUUGGAUUUUGAAUCAUUUUAUCCAAAAGGUAUCCGUAUUCCAUCCGAUAUCUACCAUUCGUUAAAGUCUGCUUUACAAUCAGAUAUCAAAGAAUUAAAAAAAAUGAAUAUAACGGAUUAUUCACUGAUGCUUGGCAUUCAUCAUCUUGAUUAUGAACAUCGAGAUAAUAAUGUUAAACGAUCAGAAUUAGGCAUCAGCACACUAUUCUUCACUACAAAUAUACGAAACCCAGUUAAAGACGUAUCAAAAUCAUCGUCACAAACUCAGCUAACUAAAACAGUAUCUACUACGACAACUGUUGAGGAAACAGUCAUCUUAACUUCAUCAGCAUCCAGCAAAAAUGACAAUGAUUCAUUGAAAAUGGAAAAUUUUCUAAUGAAGCCGCUAAAAUUAAUCCAAUCCAUGAUAGCACCAACAUUUGACGAUGUACCAGCAGCAAAACAAUUACUAGCUAUUCCUGGGGUGACAGAGAAAGGACAUCGUGUUUUAUUGUAUGUGGCUUUUAUUGACAUAUUACAAACAUAUGAUAAUGUCAAACAGUUUCAACAUAUGCUACAAAAUCUUCGCGAUCGGGAACGUAAAAGUCAAUAUAGGUCAGUAAAGAGAAUUGUGUAUCCAAAUGAAUAUGAAAAACGUUUGACAAAAUUUUUAUUUCAACGUGUAUUUAUUGAUGCUGGCCAAACAUUACAGGAAAUAUUGAAACAGGAAGAAUCUCGUCAUAAACAUGGCCCAUCACGAUUUGGUUUGUUGAGAAAUACACGUUUUCCCUCCCUUCAAGUCAACGAUCGUAAUUCCGUCAAAAUUAACAAACAACAGCAACAAAAUAAACAGUCAGAAAGAAAAUUAGAUGACACGCUAUCAAAACAAAAUGGCUCUAACGCAGUAUUUCCACUAAUUAAGACGAGUAGUGACCAUUAUCGUACAAGUGUAUUUGAUAUUGUCAGAUUACUACCAAUCAAAAUAGCAGUCUCCACAACAACAGUACAAGUUGAAAAUACAAUAGAACAACAAUCUACGAUUGUUAAUCCGCUGUUUAACGGAACAGAGAACAAACUGAGUGCUGAAUAA